AUGGUCAAGGUUCUCCUCAAAACGGUGUCUGAAGCCAAGGAUGCAAUUUCAAAGAAUCUCGCCCAGUCCGGCACCCCACUAACUUUCUCCGUCGUCAAAGAGCAGUUGAGCCUCCUCUCGGGGGCCGUGACCAUCGUGUAUCCAAUGUCCCUCCCACCUCAUGACCCGAUCCGGAUGGAGUUCGAAGGACGGGAAGAACUCGAGGGGACGCACGACUCUUUGGCCGUCAUGUCGGAAGCCCAACUUUGGUUUUGUGGGAAGGAGAUCACCCCACAAAAGCUGCUCUCUGAUUUUACCGGCAAAAACGACAAGACCAAAGUAGUGGUCAAGCUGUCCAAGAAAGGGAACGGUCCACCCGGAAGGGAACCCGUCUUGUCGGAAGACGACCGGAAAGAAUUGAUGCUCCAUGCUUAUCGGAAACAACAGGAAGCCAAGUACAUCUGA